GGAGUCGGUUCUUUUUCAUUUUCCUGGUGAAAGUUUCAACGGAAGUGCGCUUCCAGAAGCAGGGGUCGUUGGACUUUACUCGAGUGUGUAGAUUCGGUGUUCCUAAAGAUCGCAACAUUUGAAGACUCAUAAUCCGCGGAAAAGAUCAUUGCACCGGUAAACUAGGACACGGGAAUACGUAAUCGCAUUCAUCUGUGUGAAAAUGCCCGAAUUUGUGAUCGAAAAACGCAAUAUUCCAGUGCUGACGAUCGCUUCCAACAGUAGUGGCGGUGCAGGUGGUAGCAGCAGCAGCAGCUGCAGCGGCAGCCAUGGGAGCGGUGAAAAUGCGCUCGGAUUCCGGAUUACCGGUGGAGCCGAUUUCGAAAUGCCAAUUACGGUGUUUCAGGUCAAGGAGGGCAGCCCGGCGGCAAAGGCUGGACUGAAGCUGGGCGAUGAGAUCGUCACGAUCAACGGAGCCGAUGCGUCGGCGAUGCGCCUGGCCACGGCCGAAUCCGUCAUCAAGCAAGCCGGCGAGCAGCUGCACCUGGUGGUGACCAAGGAAGACGAGGAAGCGGUCAAAAAGCCGCAGGACCCGGAAAAUCCGGAGAUGCCGGAGAAACCGAAAGAAACCCGCGAAAUCAAGUUCGCCGAUAAUGAAGACGCCAGGGAUGAAGUCACUAACCCGUCCGCUCCCAAGCACAAGUCAAACGAAGGACGUGAAGAUUGGAUCCAACCACCGGAGCGUAAGGUGUGGCAUCCGAUCGUAUGGCAGCAGCCUCCACCACCGAUUCCACCGGAUGUAUACGGCAAGGAUGCUCCCCAUCAGCGGCUGAUCGCCAACAUCCGCCGGCUGCUGAUUGAGACGGCCAAGAAACCGGAGGAACGUCAGAAAUACAUCGAUCACAUGAUGCUGUCGCUGCCGACCGGACCGAGACCACGCAACGACUUCGACGACUGGGACGAGGAACCGCAACCGGAACCGCAACCGAAGCCGAAGAAGAAGAAGAAGGCCAAGAAGGGCAAGAAGAAGGUGUCGUUCCAGAAGCGCACCGAGAGCGAAACGUCCGAGGAAGAGUCGCUGUCGCAGGGCCUGAUGUCCACUCCGGCGGCUGCCGCGGAUCCGAUCCCGGAUGAAGCUUGAGCGCAAACGAAUCUGUCAAACUAGGAUGUACUUACUUUUAACUUGUAGCUAAAACACUAACACAUGUACUCUUACCAAAGAUGGAAAAGGCUAAUUUUAUACACACGCAUACACUUACAAUUUUUACAAGUAUAUAGGGAAGAUCGACGGAAGCGGAAGCAGCGGGAGGGUUUUGUUGCACACACACAAACACACCUGUGUUUUGAAUCGAGAUGACUUACAACGUAGUUUGCGAAAUGUUAUUAACUUUUGCUAUAACCGAACCGAAUAAAACAGAAACGUUGUUUUUUUUUCAAAAAAA